CUCCGCCUCUCCCAUGGCGGCGGCGCGGAGCCGCCCGAUCCCAACUCCCCCUUCCCAUCGAGGAAUGUGAGCUGCCCACCCUGUCAGAUGGCCACCAGCAAGCCUCAGCACUGGGCAUCUGAAAUGGCAUCAAAAUUGGGAUUAUAAGCCCAGGAAGGUCCUGCCUCGGGGCGCUGAGGCUUGCACAACUCAUCUCGCCCUGGCACCGCGGCUCUGCCCGCUGGCGGCGCUGGGCAGAACCAGCCCCGGCUUCACCCACGGCUCCUGCACGUCGCAGCUUGGAACAGGAGUGAGCAGCAGGCUGGAAGGCAUUCCCAGUUUGGAGUGGUUGGCUAACACAGCUGUGCCAGGCAGGGCCAGGCUUGGGAGCUCGGCGGGCACUUUGCCGCCCCCGUGCCCUGCUCGGCGCUGCGAGGGCACAGGUUGGAGGGGGUCACCGACAGCAGCUCUCCUCUGACCCCCUGCAGGUGACAUGUGAAGGCAGUGCCCAGCGUGGGGAGUGGCAGCAGCCGAGAUGCAUUCGAGCCACAGCAAUGACCCCAAGGAAGCCAUACAGCUGAUCAAGAAGCAGCUGGUGAAUGCCAUCAAGGCCCUGCAGAAGCAGUAUGUGACCUCAGAUGCCAUCGUGACCAGCGACGAUGGCAACGCCAACUCGCUCUGCAGCGCCCUGGAGGCUGUCUUUGUGCAUGGGCUGAAGGCAAAGCACAUCAAGGCAGAGAGUGGGGGGAAAGGGAAGAAAGCAGGAGGUCGAGGACCACUCCCCCAGCCUGUCUUCUGGGGUCUGCUGAAGAGCAUCACCCAUAGGAACAUCGUGUCGGAGCUGGAGCAGCUGCUGUUCAUCAGCACGGACGUGGGGCGGUGUCGAGCCUGGCUGCGCCUGGCGCUCAACGAUGGGCUCCUGGAGUGCUACCUGAAGCUGCUGCUGCGGGACAGCUCCCCCCUGCCCGACUACUACCAGCCCCCAGCCCUGCUGCGGGAUGCAGAGGAGUGCGAGUUCCUCCUCAGCUACCUGCAGGGCUUGUCCUCCCUCACCUUCCAGCUCUCCUACAAGUCGGCAGUGCUCAACGAGUGGACUGUCACUCCCCUGUCCCUCUCCGGGCUCUGUCCCGUUGCGGAGCUGCUGGAGCCCCUCACGUCCUGCAGCUCCGAGCCGCACCGCAAGGCAUCGCUGGGCUCCAGCUCGCAGUCGUCGGGCUCGGAUGAGAUGGAGAUUCAGCCCUCCUCGGUCCUGCCCAUCGGCAAGGCCAGCGGCAAAGCCAAGCUGACGGCAUCCUCGCUCAGCCUCAACACCACCAGCUCGUCCCAGCUCUCCUCCAGCCUGGGCUCCGACAGCCUCCUGCCGCCCCCCUGCGCCCGCAGCCCCGAGCGGGCUGAGGAGCUGCAGUCCUGCGCCUCCGACCUGGGCACGGCCACCAAGGAGGACCUGGACAGGUCGCUGCAAGAGGUGUUGUCUGAGUUCAACAAAGCCAAGCCCAGCCUGGAAGCCCCAGAAGGACAGCUGGCAGCCAGCCUGCUGGGCUGCUCCCCACGGCCACCCUCCUGCCCGCUGCCCACCUCACCCAUCCCCCCGUCCCCGUCCCGCGGAGCUCACCAGCAGCCACCUCCCGCCACCAGCAGUGCCAGCUGUACCACAGUGCCCAGCAGUGAUGGGGAUGGAGAUGUAGCAGCAGAAACUGAUGGCCCAGCUGCUGUCUCUGCCCCACAGCCUGGAGGUCUGAGCAGAAGAGAGAGCAGCAGAGGCAGCGCGGGCAGCAGCGAGGCCAGCGGAGCAGUGCGCAGCCCCACGGCCCAGUACCUCCCUUCUCCACUGCUGACAUGCCCAAAAGGAAAGAGCUGGAUCUCAGAAGAUGAUUUCUACAGACCUGCCCUGGGCCACAGCAGUGAGAGCACAGCCAACAUCAACGGCUUUGGGCCUGAGGAAGAUGAGGAGGGCCUGGCCCCGGGGCUCAUCAGUGCCCUUGACCUGGAAAGGCUUUCAGUGCCCUCCUCAGAGAGUGAGAGACCCAAAGCAUCCCCUGAACGGGAGCAGAAGGGCUUCAGCGUGGUGCACCGCAGGCAGAUGGGUCUGUCCAACCCAUUCCGGGGGCUGCUGAAGCUGGGCAGCCUGGAGCGCAGGGGAGCUAUGGGCAUCUGGAAGGAGUUCUGCUGCGAGCUGUCCCCGCUGGAGCUGAGGCUUUUCCUGGAGCAGCAGGACCGCAUCUGCGUGGAGAGCUACUCCCUGCUGCGCUGCGAGGCGCUGGCGCUGACCCACACCGACGGCCGCUUCGAGCUGGUCUUCCUGGGCAAGAAGCUCUGCCUCCGAGCCGCCUCCAGGGAUGAGGCCGAGGACUGGCUGGACAGGAUCCGAGAGGCGCUGCACAAGUGCCGGCCUCAGCUGGAAGGGGAGGAGGAGGAGGAGGAGUGGGAGACGCUGGAGUGUCGCCCGCAGGAGGGCGGCGAGGGCCAGCCCCAGCAGGGGGACUGCGGCGCCCCUGUGCAGCACAGCGAUGUGCCCGGCGGCAGCCUGGACUGGGCUGCGACCCCCGAGCCGGAGCCCGAGGCUAUAAAAGAGGCUGUGCUGUACCUGGAGGUGGACAGGACUUGGGUCCCUUUCGUUUUCUCCCUGUCUCUAGAAACUUUGAAGUGCUUUAAGGUCAGGAAUAACGACAAAAUCUUAAGCAACAGCUACGGCAUCGAGACCAUCCAGGACAUCCUGCCAGACGCCAGCCUCGGGGGACCUGCCUUCUUCAAGGUGAUCACCUCCAAGGCUGUCCUCAAGCUGCAGGCUGAGAGCGCAGAGGAAGCAGCCUCCUGGAGGGAGCUGGUCCGGGAGGUGCUGAUGUCCUACCUGGAGAGCGCAGAGGAGGCAGUGACGCUGGCUGGCAGCCUGGAUGGGCACUGCCAGGUGCUCCUGAAGAACGUGGUGAAGGAGAACGGCUUCCUGCUGCAGUACCUGGUGGCCAUCCCCACCGAGAAGGGGCUGGACUCCCAAAGCUUCAUCUGCGCAGGCUGCUCCAGGCAGAUUGGCUUCUCCUUUGGCAAGCCCAAGCUCUGUGCCUUCUCCGGCCUCUACUACUGCGACAGCUGCCACCGGGACGAGGAGACAGUGAUCCCCUCACGCCUCAUCCACAACUGGGACCUGGCCAAGAGAGGGGUUUGCAGGCAGGCUCUGAAGUUCCUCACCCAGAUCCGUGCCCAGCCUCUGAUUGACCUGAAGCUGGUGAACGAGAGCCUCUACGAGCACGUGGAGACGAUGAGGCGGAUCCUGCGCGGCAGGGAGCAGCUGAAGCUGCUGGGAGAUUACCUCAGCAUGUGCCGCAGUGGCGCCCUGAAGGAGCUGAGCAAGAGGCUUGACCACAGGCAUUACCUCCUGGAGUGUCCCCACAAGUACAGUGUCACUGAUCUGAGGCAGAUAGCCGAUGGUGUCUUUGAGCCCUUCCUGCACUCUCUGCUCCAGUUUGCCUCCCACCACGUCUACAGCUGUGACCUCUGCACCCAGAGGGGCUUCAUCUGCCAGAUCUGCAACAGCAGUGACAUCAUUUUCCCCUUUGAGUUUGACACUACCACCAGGUGCAGUGAAUGCAAAACUGUCUUCCACCGGGACUGCCAAGCCCGUGCCAAGUCGUGCCCACGCUGCCAGCGGCGGCAGCGCUACCAGCGGCAGCUGGAGGCAGAGCCCAGCCUGGAGCCCAGCCUGUAGCCCCCGGGCAGUGGCUGCGACGCUGCCCCUGGCAUCUCAGCCAUCCGAACGAGCAUCGAAGGGAAGAGGCUGAGAAGAGAGCACCACCCCCCUGCCCAGGGGCUGACCCUACGCCCGGCCCUGCCCCGGUGCUGAGCAACGUGCCAUGGGUGCUCCUGCCCCACAGAGGGACCCUCUGCCCACCCAGGGCUGAGUAAGGGGGGCUGGAAGGGUCCAUCCCCCCCCCCCAGCCCCUCACGCUGACCCGGUGCUGCUCGGGGGAUGCUCCCAGUCGCCUUGCUGGUGCCAAGCUGGUGCAUGCCAUACUGGUGGGAACCCAGUGGCUUGGCAGGGCAUGAGCUGGGGUGGCAGCCGGGCACCUGGGCACUGCUGCUGAUCAGAGCUCUGUAGUUUUUUAGGCUGUUCCACGCUCCGGAGCAGUAUUUUUAUACACAGGCAUUUUGCACAGGGUGGCUGCUCCGGGCUGUGGCGGCAGCCAGCGGCGCCGGGAGGGGACAAAGUGACACUUGUGCCUUUAGGGGGCUUGGCGGGGCCAGCUGAGCAUCUCCUGCUGGCUCUCAGAGCCCGCCCCUCACCCACCCGCCCCUCACCGUGGCCUCCAGGAAGAGAGGGGAGAGAAGCUCCAGGCCGCUCCUCCUCCUCGCUUGCUGCUCUUAACCCUCGAAGAGAUUUUAUUGCCCUUUCCCCCUCCCCAGGCGAAGAGAAUUAAAGUUUAUUUAACGAUGA